AUGAUGACUCUUACCAUUGAGUCAAACACCGUAGCCAAUUCCUCAGGACAUUUCCUCGAUUUGUACUCAUAUACAUGCAGAGAAAGAACGUUCAUGCGCAACAUUGAUAUCUUCGCAAUCGAACAUCCAACUCUGAUCACUGCAAAAAUGAGGCCGUUCAGCAUAUUCGCUCUCCUUUUAGGAGUUAUAUCCUUGGUUCAGGCCCAAGUAUCAGGCCUGGAAAUCAAGUCUCCAAAGGAAGGUGACAGAAUAGACAUCCAACAAGGCCUUCCCAUCUCAUGGAUCGUUGAUGAUACCGACAAUUUGUUUGCCAACGUCACUAUUUAUCUCUUCCUUGGCUACAACUUCUACUUAGAGUUGACACGGGGGGAGAGUGUUCCAAUCAUAGACGCCGGCUAUAUGUUUCAAUAUACGCCGGAUAAAGGCUUCAUUGCCGCUGACACAAACUAUAUUAUCCGGUUGCGCAACGGCCCCGACUCUGACCAUGUAACUGGGAAAUUCGAGAUAUUCAAUACUAGCAGCUUUGUCACCUCAGUCCCAGUUUCUGCUCCCAAGCCUACUGCUACUAGGAAAGCUCCAAGCAAGUCGCCCUCUGCUUCAGCAUCGGCCUCGGUCACGGUGGUAUCCACGCCAAUUCCUAUUAGACAUCAUACACCGACUGCUUCAAGUGCCGCAGCCGGGCUGACAAUGGACGGAAUACCGACGGGUGCAAUGGGACUUGUUCUAUUGGAGUUCCUCUUAUUUAUGGCCUGA